GCAUGCAACACUUAUCAUUGAAUCCACAUACAGAUUUAUAUUUAAAGCAGGCAGCAUCACGAUCUUGUUUAAGUGAUUAAAAAGUCAUCAAAUCUCCGGUCAGUAACGGAACAGUUCUCUAAGCGAUGGGUCUUUCUACACACAUUCUGGACACCAGCCGGGGAAAGCCGGCACCAAACGUAGCGAUCAGCUUGUAUCGCGCCGGUAUCGAUAGAUCAGUUGAUUCGUGGGCCAAACUGGGACAAGGAGCCACCGAUAAUGACGGUCGCUAUAGGGGGUUCUUUGAAAGUAACCCGGCAGAGUUUACCAGUGGAGUGUACAAACUUCGUUUCCAGGUUGGCCAGUACUACCAACAACUGAAGGUGGAAACACUUUAUCCUUAUGUUGAGAUUGUUUUCGAAAUCAAGGAUGCAAGUCAACACUACCACAUACCGUUGCUACUGAACCCAUUCGGAUAUUCAACAUAUAGAGGAUCAUAAGUUUUAAAAGCAUUUUUUUUAAUUAAAAAAUACGUUUCACAAAAUUAAACUUUAACAACGGCUUUUCCUGUGUUCUCACCCGUAAGCAUUCCAAUAAAGGCCUUUGGCAUAUUUUCGAAACCAUCA